AUGGGCAUGUUAGCCAUGCUGAAGCAGAUCUGCGAGAUCAAGAUGAUGACAGUAGUCCAUGUUUCUAUGAUGUUCUGUUAUGAACAAAUGAAGCCUAUUAGAGUUACAAAGCGAAGUGGAGUUGUACGAUAUUCAUCAGUCAACAUCCGGACUUUAUCAACAUCAUGUUGCUUCCUUAGUAAGGAUGAUCUCAUUCUAAAGAGUUUGGGUAUGGAUCAUCUCUGUGAGAAAACCAAGGUCAUCUUAGAUUUUAGAUGUUUAGACGAGGAAGAUUGUGACUGCGAAUAUCAAGAUAAAUCAUGGGUGGAAGAGGUUGUUGAUACUUGUCUAUCAUCAAGCCCGGUGAAGGUUAUAAAGAUAUUUAAUUUUGGUGAAAUUUGUUAUCCGGAAGAAGACAUAAAGGACCAGAUAAAGCAGGUCAUGCAAUUCCUAAAGACAAUGCCGGAACUCGAACAAAUGAUAUUGUACUACGAUACACCAGAAGAUGAAGAUUUGAUGAAACUAUACAAGGGCCUUCACGAGCUUCCUACUGUGGCAUCAGCCAAUUGUGAGGUCCGGCUAAUCUUCCCCAACUUAUCAACUACUAUCUCCAUUAGAAAGGGUAAUCUUCUUUAG